AUGGUGCUCAUCAAGGAAUACCGCGUAGUGUUGCCGAUCUCUGUGGAAGAGUAUCAAGUCGGGCAGCUGUACUCUGUGGCUGAGGCCAGCAAAAAUGAGACAGGAGGAGGAGAAGGCAUCGAGGUACUGAAGAACGAACCCUACGAGAAGGAUGGAGAAAAGGGACAAUACACACAUAAAAUAUACCACCUAAAGAGUAAAGUCCCAGGUUAUGUGAAGAUGAUUGCACCAGAAGGAGCGUUAGUUUUUCACGAAAAGGCCUGGAACGCCUACCCAUACUGUCGCACUAUUGUGACGAAUGAGUACAUGAAGGACGACUUCAUGAUUAAGAUCGAGACGUGGCACAAACCUGACAUGGGAACAAUAGAAAAUGUUCAUGACCUGGAUGAGCAGACGUGGAGGACUGUGGAGGUGGUUCCCAUAGAUAUCGCAAGCAAAGAAGAAGUGGCAUCCGCGGACUACAAACCAGAAGAAGAUCCUUCUCUUUACCACUCAGCCAAGACGGGCAGAGGACCUCUGGGACCUGAAUGGAAGAACGAGCUGAAGACAGAUUGUCCUUACAUGUGUGCAUACAAACUGGUCACUGUCAAGUUCAGAUGGUGGGGUCUGCAGACCAAAGUGGAAAGUUUCAUCCAGAGGCAAGAAAAGCGUAUUUUCACCAACUUCCACCGCCAGCUGUUCUGCUGGAUUGACAAAUGGGUGGGUUUGACCAUGGAGGACAUCAGGCGGAUGGAAGAGGAGACUCAAAAAGAGCUUGAGGAGAUGCGUCAGAAGGGAGACGUGCGAGGCACCUCUGCAACAGACGAGUAGAGGCCCGUCGCUGUAGGUCAAACACUAGAGGCAGGCUGACUGCGUAAAACAGGUCCGAUUCGAGGCACCAGUGCUGCUCAUGAGCAAUGAGGCAAAUCAACCAAACCCUGUCAUGAUGAUGUCAUCAGAGACACGUCCACCACGAUGAGGAAGUGGCCCCGACGUCGCCUCUUCUCUUCUUCUGUCUCACAUGAUUCAUUGGGGGGUUUGACAAGAUUGGUUAACAGUACUGUACAGAUUCUACCCCAAUCACAAGCCUCCUGUUCACUCAGAAAAAAAAUACAAACAAACAAACAAUACAUGGUUUUGCAUACAUAUAAAAAGAAAAAAAAACUCUUUGCACAGAACAUAAAUUGCCUGAUAUGUAAUUGUUAGUUGAUUAUCACAAUGGGCUUUGUUUUUAUUCAGGUGUGUAAACCGUGACUCAGAAAAGUCAAGCCUUUUAAAUUAAUUAGAAUGUUCUUUUUAGCUUAAACAGGUUCCCACCAAAAAAAAAAAAAAAAUUGGUUAUAAGAAGACUUUAGCAGGUAUUGGAAUAUUUACGCCCCUCUCCCCUUUUACCUUCCCUUGUAUUAUAACUGUCUGUCUCUACUUUAAUCCUUGUCUCUCCCCUCAGUAUUGUCUUUAUUAUUGUCCUGGUAAAGAAAUUAGUCUAGAUCUCCCCCUUGUCUCACUGUCCCCCUCUGUCUGGCAUUUAGUCAGGAUGAUGUUUUUUGUUCUUUUCUUUUUUUUUUUUUUUUUUUUUUUUUUUUUUUUAUAGUUUUGAGGCUAAUCCAUGCCUGUUAUAUGGUUCAAAAUGAAUAUAAAGCUCAAGCAUGAUAGAUAAUUCUUUGCUUUCCCAAAACCACACAUACACACACGUCCCACAUUUCCAACAAACAUGCACACCGGCCAUCCUCCUCCUCCUUUUCCUCCUCCUUCCUCCUUCCGUCACAAGUGCAUGUGGACAACAGCAACUCCUCACUAAACUGUCAUUGCAUGUGUAUAGUUGCUGCAAUGCAGCUUCGCUCAAGUGGAUCGUUUAUGUUGAUUUUAGAGAGAAAGCGCGAGAGAGAGGGUCGGCAUCCUCCAGGAGAGUCGUGUGUGUGUGUGUGUGUGUGUGUGUGUGUGUGUGUGUGUGUGUGUGUGUGUGUGUGUGUGUGUGUGUGUGUGUGUGUGUGUGUGUGUGUGUGUGUGUGUGUGUGUGUGUGUGUGUGUGUGUGUGUGCGCUUGUUUGUGUUAUCAACUCCCUUCAAGGACUGUCACUCUUUGGACUGAGAUGGAUAACGUUCAGCUUAUUAAUAUCGAGGCUCCACGAGCAGCCGGUUAGAUGAACUCGCCUCAUGCUGUCACUGCAUGUCCUUCCUCCUUGGCUUUUAGAGCUUUAACUGGAAGCUUCCCCGCAGCCUCCAUAAAGAUUUUGUCUAAAACUAAAACAAAUGAGGAUGAAAGUCUGUGCGUCGCUGUGUGCAUGAAUUGAGGUAGUUUGGUUUUUUUUAUAUAUAUAUAUAAAUAUCUGUGUUGAACUACCGUUUCCUCUCUGAACUGACAGCGAAUGGGUCCAGGCAGAUCUGAGAAGUUUGUGGGCUGGGUUUAUAGUUUUUAAUUUUUAUUUUCACCAUGUAUAGUGAUUUUCUUUUCUUUUUUAAAUCCAUUUACCUAAACUGUAAGAAAGUAUGUGGUCAGUCUGAAAUGUAUCUUGACGAAUUCUAGCUCAAGGGUGAAAUCGCUUUUGGCAAAGAUUAAAGUUAUGCUAUGCGGGAUUUUCCAUUUUUCAACAAUGUAUAAACUCGUACAACAGUAAUCACUCUCAGUCAACACUUACGACCCACUAGAAGUGAGGCAGUGUAUUUAUCUUAAGAGGCUCUGCUAUCUUUCUGUAUCUUCUUAAUAUCUUACUGUAUUAGGGACGUUUCUGGGUGUCAGCCUUUUUUGGGGCGGUGAGUUUGUAGCCUCCAGUUAAUAAUAACAGCGUGCAGGGUUUGAGGUCAGGACUCGUAGCGUAGUGAAGCUCUGCAUUGGUGUUGGCGUUAUUUAUUUGUGCUUUUUUUUUCUUUUUAAGAACGCAAACUGCUGUAAAACAAUCAGAAAAUAACGUUUUUAUUUAUCUGGUUCGCGGCUUUUGUUCUCGCUAGCGUCGCUCGCUCUCUUCAUUCACUCUCUUCGCUCGCUCGACCACCGCCGCUCUCCCGCUCUUCUUGCUUACUCGCUCACUAACCCGCGGAGGAGGGUCCAACUUUUGAAGGCUGUAUUGUUUACAAAAUACUAACUGACAAAUCCUGCAUAGUAUAUCUUUUUUUAAAGUAACAAUCUCAAAGAUCUGUGUCGUUGUCUUUGGCGCCUCCUGUGGUGAUAAGCUGUAAUUACAGGUGUUGUUUGGGAGUUUUUUUGGAUUUCGCUUACUAGAGAUCCAAAGAGUGUCUCCUGUGUGAUUUCAAACAGUUGGCAACAAGGUUGAAGAGUGAGUCUGUUCCGUUAUCUGGUAAAAUACUGCUGUCGGAGAUGGAAAACACGUCGCUAACUACGUUGCUUGUGAUUUUUCUUUCCCGGGAAUAUCACCAACAACAUCCUGUUUGUAAUACUGCUAAUGAAAGAAGCACUGGAGCGAUUUAGAUAGUGACUCACAGACAUUUACUUAAGAUAGUCUUUGAGAUUAUUACUUACAAUAAAUCCGACCCUUUUUACUUACAAUAAAUCUGACCCUUUUUAGAUUAGAGUUGGGUGAUAUAGUGCGAGCCUUGAUUUAGAAAAAAGGAGGCAUCUUUACUUUUUUUUGUUAAUUUUUGGGCUGUUCGGACUUGAGGUCGCAGCCGUUUUAUCACAGCAAGAAGAGCUCAGUUUUUAGCCGUCUUUUUGCUUUUUUUUUUUUUCUUUGUUUGAGCUUAAUGCAGAUCCCGUCGGGCUUUAGCGCAAAAAUAUUUUUUGAUGUUUUAUAUGAUCAUGACUUAGCUUAGCGCGCAGUUGUGAUGAACGUGUCAGUGUAUUUCCGAUCAGGUAUGAGAGCGAACGUCUCCGAACUUUAGGUUUUUGUUGUAACCUAUCUAUCUGUGUGUGUGCGUGUGUGUUUGUGUGUGUGUGUUGACAGGUUUUAAAAAGAGAGUCAGAAGUGUACUUUAUAAAUAGACCCAUUAUAGAAAUGGACAAACUGUACAUAUUAAAAAAAGAAAACGGACUUGAAUGGGAUAUACACAGCUACCAAGCGCUAUCAUUCGAUACUCUACUGCUAAAAAAUAAAAAAGAAGUAACUUUAGGUAAGAUGUAAUAUUUUUUCCGAGCAGGUAAUGUCAGCUGUGUGGACAGUGUGCUGUAAAAAAAAAAAAAAAAAAAAAGAAGCAAACUGUCCACGUCGCUCAUACCACGAUUUUUAAACAAAAAAACUGUACCUCAUCUGUGCUUUUUACAAAUGUACAGCUUACAGUGAACGAGGAGAUUGGACGUGUCUAAUGUUUCCGAACUGCAACGUCGUGUUUUUACCACCUGUAACAAGCAUGAUAUGAAACUCCAUGAUAUCAUCGACACAUGAGGACAAACAACAUUUACAGAAACAACUCUUUUAAUAGAGAUUUGGAUCUGCAUGCUCAACACACUUCUUUUUUUUUUUAGUCUUUAAAAAUCUUUCCUUGCUUUUUUUUUUUUUUCUUUCUGUGUGUUUGUGUGUCUCGGUUUGUUUGAUCAGUGCAUCGGUGCUUUUUUUGUUUUUUUUAAGAAGCUCUUGCUUGAACUGCAUCAGACAAGAAGGGAAAUCCUCUUUCUUUUUUUCUUUCUUUUUCUUUUCUUUUAAUAAAAAAAAAAAGGAGGGGGGCGGCUUCUCCUCAAAAUCAAACUGGAUUCAGCUUGACCUCGUUUUAACCGCUGAGGAGUGAAAAGCCUGACUGAGUUUGACGCUGACGGGGAGUCGCCCCUGUUUUUAGACUAGAAUAGGCUGCGUGAUGUACAGUUUUUGUAGCAUUGCCAGUGAUGCCAGCCAGGGUAUGACUGUGAGGGGAGGGAUAGACGCCUAGGGAACAGAUGGAGUCCAAAAUACUGUUUUUGUUUUGUUUUUUUUCUUUAUUGUAAUCAUGAAUAAGCACUUGCGAAAUCUACUGUUUUGUUUUUUCUUUUGUUUCUUUUAUGUUUUGUUGGUUUUUGAAAGACAAAGAUUCACAAUGUAUUCAAGUUUCUCUUUUUCUGAUAAGGCAAAAUUCAGGGGAAUUAGUACUGAAUGUAAUACAAUUAGUUCCUUUUUUUGUUUUGUUUUUCUCUUUUCACAGCUUUCAGGCUGUGACUGAAGGUCUAGACAAUGGAACAUAACAGAAUAUCUAAUAAAU